AUGGCUCGCCAAGCGCCGUCCAAACCCGGGCCGGGCACAAAGCCCGUCCGCAAGAGCCGCCAGGCCCCCAAGUCGGAAAACUUCCAGCGCAUCAAGACGCUCAAGCAGAACAUGUUCUCGCCGGCCCCGCCGCCGCUGAGGAUGGCCCGGCAGCGAUACCUGCGCCACUGGACGAUCCAUCGCGCGUGGCAGCUGUUUCGACGCCAGCAGCACGAGAAGAUGAGCAAGGAGAGACAGCGCAUGCACGCCGGCAUGUACAAUGCCUGCGAGGAGCUGAGGAAGACAGUCGGGCCCGAGGGCAGGGGCGAAGGGUAUCUGUACAGAGUGGCCAUGGAGAAGAAGGGCGUCUGGGGCACGGACGCUGUCCCCAUUGAGUAUGCGCGAUUCCAGACGGACAGUCCCGCCAGGGAGCCCUGGAAUCACGACUGGAAAAGUUGUACACUACAGCUUCUGGAGCAAUAA